AUGAUAAUGCUAUGGCUUACACUAGGCGAAGCCGCAAUUGCGGGCAUCAUAAUUAUGCUUCUUUUCAUACCGCUCAACUACUUUACAUCAAAAUUUAUUAAAUCGUCUCAAACUUCGAGAAUGAAAGUUAAAGACGAAAGAACAAAACUAUCCAAUGAGCUACUAAAUGGGAUAAAAGUUGUGAAGUUAUAUGCAUGGGAGGAAAAGUUUGAGAAGAAAAUAAAUGAAUUACGCUUGAAGGAAGUGCGAAUGCUAAGAAAUGUUUGCAUUUUAAGUAGGAUUGUUGAUAUAGCAAAUGCAACAAGUCCAUUCUUGGUUGCUGUCGCUUCGUUUACAUGUUUUAUAAUUAUAUCUCCCGAUCCUAAAGGCCUCACGCCAUCCGUUGCAUUUGUUUCAUUGACUAUAUUUAACCAACUUCGACAGCCAAUGAGAAUGGUUGCUAACUUGAUCAACACAUUAAUGCAGGCUCGCGUAUCAAACAUUCGGCUCAGAAGGUUUAUGAACGAGAAUGAGUUAAAGGAAAAUACCGAAGUGGCAUUGGGAAAUGCAAUAGUGCUUAAAGAUGCUACUCUCAACUGGAGUGGUUCCAACGAUGCGCCUAUUUUGAAGAAGUUAAAUAUUACCGUAAAGAGAGGAGAGUUAAUAGCUAUUGUUGGAAGUGUUGGUAGCGGAAAAUCAAGCGUUUUGUCAGCAAUUUUGAACGAGAUGGAUUUAAUUAAUGGAAAAGUCAAGAGCGGAGGUAGCAUUGCCUAUGUGCCGCAACAAUCGUGGAUUUUUAACAAUAGUGUAAAAGAAAAUGUGCUCUUCGGCGAUACCCUCUGUCCUGAUUUUUAUAAAAAAGUGGUGGAAGCAUGUCAGCUCAGCAUUGACUUUCAAAAAAUGCGAAAUGGAGACGAAACAAUCGUUGGAGAGAAUGGAAUAACCUUAUCUGGAGGCCAAAAAGCAAGAAUUUCACUGGCCAGAGCGGUUUACCAAGAUAAAGACAUAUAUCUCCUGGAUGAUCCGCUCUCCGCUAUCGAUGCUCACGUUGGUUGGGAUCUUUUCGAACACGUAAUAGGACCGAAUGGAAUUCUGAAUAGAAAAACACGCGUGUUAGUCACCCACAAUUUGCAAUACACCAGAAACGUUGAUCGAAUAUAUGUCAUUGAAGACGGGCGCAUUGUGGAACAUGGAAAGUUUGAUGACCUGGCGGUAAUGGACGGUCUAUUUAAAAAACUUAUUUUGGAAGCUUCUACAAAAGAAAAUGAAUAUAAAAAAACGGAAAGUAUGUCAAAAAUUAUGACACAUCCUAUUCGGCCCCAACAAGAAGAGGUUAUCUUAGUGAAAGAGAAGCCAGAACUUGAAACAGUUAAAAUUGGAAGGGUCGGCACGGGAAUUUACAUGUUAUAUUUUCGGACAAUGGGUUUAGCUAAUACAUAUGGAUUCUUUCUGUUUUACAUUCUACAUUUUAUGACCAUGGGCUUACGAUCUUUGUGGCUCUCGGAUUGGUCCAAUGCAAAUGCACAAGCGACUACUUACAAAAAUAUUACUGACUCGACUAUUAAUACUGAAUAUCGUUUAAUAAUUUAUGCAAUAUUUGGGGGUUUGGAAAUUGUUCUGUUGUCGACAGCCCUGGCUCUAUUGACUAUUGGGUCACUUCAGGCGUCGUACGCAUUACAUGCUCCCGUAAUUAAGGCACUACUGCGAGCGCCUUUAGCAUUUUAUGAUAAAACACCACUGGGAAGAAUUAUUAACAGACUUUCAAGGGACCUCGAUGUUGUUGAUAAGUUGCAAGACAGUUUUCGAAUGUUGAUGCAAUGCCUUUUAAACGCCUGCAUGAUUCUUGCUUUAGUCUCAUUAUCUACCCCAAUAUUUCUGGUGUUCGUUAUACCAUUUAUAUUUGUUUAUUAUAAUAUUAUGAAAUAUUUUAUUCCUACUUCUCGUCAACUUAAGAGAUUGGAAAGUGCACACCGAAGUCCUAUAAUGUCAAUGAUAUCAGAGUCAAUUCAUGGCACUUCUUCUAUACGUGCAUUCAAAAAGACCGAAAGCAUAUGUAAGCAGCUGGCUAAGAAGGUUGAUAAAUUUUCUCAGUGCCGCUACUUAAAUAAUAUGGCGAACCGUUGGCUAGCUACUCGUCUUGAACUACUUGGGAACGCAACCGUUUUCUUCGCCUCAUUGUCAGCUACUGUGUCAACAAAAUAUUUAGGACUCACUUCUGGAAUGGCGGGAUUAUCCGUUUCUUAUGCACUGACUAUCACGGAAGUUCUCAACAUAUGCGUGCGAAUGAUAAGCGAAAUUGAAAACAAUAUUGUAUCUGUUGAAAGGAUCCGCGAAUACCAAUGUAUUGAAUCCGAAGCGCAAUGGGAAGAACCUACGGUACGAAAAACAUGGCCAGAAAGAGGAGAAAUUCAAUUUGAAAAUUAUUGCAUGAAAUACUCAGGAAAUCAGCCGCAUGUUCUCGAAAACAUUAACCUAAAUAUUAUCGGUGGAGAAAAAGUUGGAAUAGUGGGACGAACAGGCUCUGGCAAGAGAACAUUACGCUUCAAUUUGGAUCCAUUUGAGCAAUUCUCCGACGAGCGGCUAUGGAGUUGUUUAGAAAUGUGCCAAUUAAAGGAUUUUGCAUUGGAGGAUUCAUUGAAGCUGGACAGAGCAAUUGCUGAAGGCGGAAAAAAUAUGAGUGUUGGUGAGCGACAAUUGUUGUGCCUUUGUCGGGCAAUUUUACGUGGAGGAAAAAUAGUGAUCUUGGAUGAAGCAACGUCUUCAGUAGACACUGUUACUGAUAGUUUAAUACAGAAUGUGAUACGGGCGCACUUCUCUAACAGCACCACAAUUUCAAUUGCCCAUAGAUUAGACACUAUAGCAGAUUCCGACAAAAUUAUUGUUCUUGACAACGGAACUGUAGCAGAAUCCGGCUUACCAUCUCAAUUACUGAAGAAUCCUAAUUCGCUAUAUUCUCAGCUGAUUUAUGAGAAGCGAAAAAAUAUCAACAAAUGUUAA